GUUUCAUUCAUGCAUCUCCCAUCGUCCUAGCUGGCUGUAGCACACCUGAGGGUCCCCAGGUGAGGUAUUCCCCCCGCAGGUGCAAAUUUUCUCAAGGUAAUGGUAUCCCCUUGGGUGUGCGACAGCUGGUGUCCUCUUCGCUCUCAUUCCUGCCACUCAUACCACCCUUGCUGCGCUCAUCAUUCUCCUCUUGCUCCGCUUAGAUAAGUAUCAUAUCAGCACACCUCCAUGACUCCCUCUGCCUUUGUCUGCUUCUGCAAGCUGUCGGUUUUCUCGUUUUAUUCAUGCAUCUCUUAUCGUCCUAGAUGGCUGUAGCACACCCAAGCCCCCCCCAGGUAUCAGGUUCAGACUUCAGGUGAGGUAUUCCCCCACAGCAGGUGGAAAAGUUUUUUUAACCAAUGGUAUCCCCUUGGGUGUGCUACAGCAGCGCUCAUGCAUGCAUGCUUCCCUUUUGCCCUUUCGGUGAGACUGGUUUUGCCUGCACUGUUUGAACUCACUACCACUUUCGUACUCCUUCCCAUGGCUCCCAGCAGGUUCCUUGACUGGCCCCCUCAACCCUUCCUUCCAAGCUGUAUCUGGUGCUGCUGUGACUGCCAUUGGCGGAGUGUGGGGCUGGAUGCUGCUGCUGUGACUGCCAGACUGCCAGACUGCCAGUGCCAAAGGUUCCCCUUGGAGAACCUUGGAAGGCCAGCUGGCGGGGGGUGCUGCUGCUGGUGGAGGUGGGAAGUGCUGCUGGUGGUGGUGGUGGCGGUGGUGAUGAGAGUGGGGUUGUGAGUUGAUCUCAAGCCUGGGCCCAAUACCCGCACGUUAAAGCAUAAUGGACAGCAACAGAACCGUGCGGCCGGCGGUUCUGGUUUGGUCCCCUCUUGCUACGUCGGUGAGGGGUUCAGGUCUCGGGCUUGCCUCACAGCCCCACUGCUGCUGCUGGUGGCGGUGGGGGGUGACCUUUGGUGGUGGCGUUGGUUGUAGCAGUAAAGGGAGUAUGGUGUAAAGUUUGGUGAUGGUGUGGUGCAGCAUGCCAUGUGGUGAAUACCUGGAGGCUGGCAACCGCUUCAGUGCUCGUGGAUUUGUUCGAUCUGGCUGCUGCUGACUGCCUAGAAUGUAGCAGCAGUUGUAUAUUGGUGCUCCAGCAGAUGUCUGGAUCAUGCCUUGGAUGGAAAAAACAUGCUGCUUCUACAUCCAUUUGGUAGUGUAGUGUUUCACCAAUGUUCCAGAGGGUAGUUUGCUGACUAGUAG